GUUUAUCAAAACCCCGCGUCAAGAAUCUCCAACACACCCGCACACAUCCGGAUACACAUAUACAUAUACCUGUAUAGAUUCAUAUACACACAAUAACGUACACAACGAGAGUGAAAAUGGAAUUGCAGAGGGGAUUUAAGCUGUUGCUUCAACAAUACAAAGCUUUGUUCACGAAGAACUUGCUGCUCGCAUGGCGGAACAAGAGAGCCACAUUCCUUCAGUUAUUUUCAUCAAUAUUCUUUAUUUUUUUGCUUUUCAUUAUACAAAAAGCAAUUGAAGCUCGAUUCGGCUCUUCGACUGCCUUCAAGUCUUUACGAGAUCCUGAGCCGCUAAUCGAUCCUCCGAUCCCUCCGUGCGAGGAUAAGUAUUACACUAAGCUUCCGUGUUUUGACUUUGUUUGGAGCGGCAGUGAUAGUGCCAGGAUUGGAUCGAUUGUUGAUCAAAUUAGGGCUAAUAAUCCUGGUAGGCCUAUUCCUUCUACCAAGGUCAAACCUUUUCGAACAAAAGGUGAGGUGGAUGCAUGGUUUUUGGCGAAUCCUAUGAGCUGUCCUGGAGCUCUUCAUUUUGUAGAGAGAAAUGCUACUGUAAUUAGUUACGGAUUACAGACAAACUCUACACCUAUUGCAAAACGAGGACAUUAUGAAGAUCCAACAUUCAAAUUCGCAAUACCACUCCAAAUUGCUGCUGAACGCGAAAUUGCUAGGUCGUUAGUAGGAGAUCCUAGUUUCAGUUGGAUUGUGAGUUUGAAGGAAUUUGCUCAUCCGGUAGUUGAAACAUACUCUUCUGUGGGCACAGCAGGACCAAGUUUUUUCCUGGCAAUUACCAUGUUUGGUUUUGUGUUACAGAUUAGUUCUUUGAUAGUCGAGAAAGAACUCAGGCUUCGCCAGGCGAUGGCUAUGAUGGGACUUUAUGACACGGCUUAUUGUUUGAUUUCUUCUUGA